CGUGAACACAAAUUAAACUUCAAGAAGAGCAAGGAAGUGUGUUUAAGUUACAUUCAGGAUGCCAUGCUACAAAAGCAGUGGAAAAGGGCUGCAGAAUUUCUGACUUUCUAUAUUGAGUCACUAGAGAAAGACUUUUCUACAGAAUACAUGGGUCCAUCAGAGAUGAUUUGGAGAAUAGGAACUGAAAUUCUGUGCCAUCAUUCCCAUAGUAGCAUGAAAGAGUUCAAUUCUUUCAUAGAACAGAUGAAGACUUUAGGAGUAAAAAGGUAUUUGAAGGUUUGUUUAGAGCACGCCUUUCAUCUCCUUUGUAAUGGACUAAUAGACGAAGCUUACCAAAACCUGUCCCUGGCGGAAAGCUGGAGGUUUGGAGAACAAACAGUCAUUCAGGAUAAAGAAAUGAAAUUGAUUCAGGCUUACAGGGGGCUGUUGGACUACUAUAGCUGGUCUAAGCAGAGGAACAUCCUGUUAGAGCAUGGUCAUGAUGGAUUUGAAGACUUGUCUGUUGAACAGGAAAUGCACAGUUGCUUUCGGAAGGCAGCAGUGAACUUAAAGGAGAUUAUUAAAAUACCUGGAGUCUGGGAUCUCUUUGUGAAAUGCUAUGUGGAUUUGUUGGAGUUCUAUGGAGACCAUAACGAAGCCCGCCAAGUAUUAAAUGAAUAUGCUUACAACUCAAAGUUUCCUGCUAAUCCCAAUGCUCAUGUUUACCUCUAUCAGUUCCUGAAGAGACAUGGUGAAUCAAAGAAAUCGCUCAUAUCUGCCCUCAAGAUCUUGCAUGAUAUUGUUCCUUCUCAUGAACUAAUGAUAGAUUUUAAUACCAUGCUUCAAAAAUCAAAGAAAAGAAAAAAACGUCGACUGGGGCUAGAAGUUAUUUUUGCAGCCUUGGAUUAUGCUGGCUGGAAGGAAAAUGUAAAAGCAUGGAACUGUUUGGCAAGACAGGUGAAACAAAUAAUAAUCUCUGAGAAGCACCUUGACUGGAUCAAGCAAGAGUGGAACUCCAGAAAGGACUGGUGGCCAGCCUUCCAUUUUAGCCGUUACUUGGCAAAACGGAAUUGGCAGGAGAAUGAAAGCCUUUCGUAUGAAAAAGCUCUGGUGGCUGGAAUCUUACUGGGAAAGGACUGCAAGUACUUCAAAUAUAUAUCACACCAAGGCUGCAAAGCUCAGGUGAAGAGGUUUCGGAUACUGAAGAAAUUUGUGAAUAAGCACAAUCCUGUCUACCUGAGAAUAUCUAGUCUUUCAGAUUCCUCUGUACAACCUUGAUUAGAAGGCAUCCUUAAGGUUCUUGCUGCAUUUUCUCCUCUCUGUGAAACUGACUUCUGUAUUGGUGCUAUUCUAAUACUUCUAGGCAGACCCUGUAGACUCAGUACUAGACUUUUUUAUAUAUUUCUGUAAAAGAACUUUGGUUUGUAUUUAUUUUAUAAUAAAAUGAAUAUAAAUCAA